AAACACAAAGCUAGCUUACAAGCCAAGCCUGAGCUGUCAACUUAAAUGACAUAACAGAAGGGAAAUAAUAAUAACAAAACUCUGCUUCUUCUUCUCGUCCUUAAAAAUCCACUUUUUUCUUUGUCAAAUUGUUUUUCUCGGUUUCUUGAAUUCUAAGAAACAAUGUCAAUGUCCGAGGAUACAGAAGCACCCAAGAAAGUAUUAGAAUCGCCACCGCCACCGACAGCUCCUCCGGCCGCAGCUGACGGGGAGGGAGGACCUGGUUCUGGGUCAGCAUUCGGGAUAGGAGCGAUCAGGAGAAGAUGGAGAAGAGAAGCGAUUUUGCAGAGAGGAUCGUUGGCUCUUAGAGGAUUGGGUUUUUUGUUCUCUUUGCUUGCUUUUAUUAUCAUGGCUAGUAAUAAACAUGGGGAUUGGAAAAACUUUGAUAGAUAUGAAGAGUACAGGUACUUGUUGGCAAUAUCAAUACUUUCGACUUUGUACUCUGGAGGACAAGUGCUGCGAAAUGUUCAUGAGCUUUCUACAGGAAAACUUAUUUUUCAGCGACAGACUUCUGCUAUGUUAGAUUUCUUUGGUGAUCAGCUUCUAUCCUAUUUGUUGAUAUCCUCAGCUUCUACAGCAGUUCCUAUGACAAACAGGAUGCGAGAAGGUGCAGAUAACAUAUUUACAGACUCCUCCGCAGCAUCCAUUAGCAUGGCAUUCUUUGCAUUUUUUGUGUUGGCUGUAUCGGCUCUUAUUUCAGGAUACAAGUUAUCUACUCAAUCUUAUGUUUAAUUCCAAGGCUUGUUUUGGUUUCAGAUUCUUUUAAGUGUUGAUUGCUAAUUAAUAAACUAUUAACUUCAAUGUAAGUAAAUACUUGUCUUCAAUACAGAGUGAUGCAAACAAGAUCCUCUUCUGUUUCCUGUA